AUGGCAAAGGAUAAGACCACCAAGAAAUGUCUUCAAUUCGCCACAUCCAAUGUGUUUGCCAUAUUUGACCAAAGACAGAGUCAAGAGUUCAAAGAGGCCUCCAACAUGAUUGAUCAGAACAGAGAUGGUUUCAUCAACGAGGAAAAUUUGCGUGAUAUGCUUGCUUCACCAGGGACGAACCCAGCUGAUACUCACCACGAUGCCAUGAUGAAUGAGGCCCCAGGGCCCGUAAAUUUCAUCUUGCUCCUCCUGGUGUUUGGUGAGAGCUUAAAUAGUGCAGAUCCAGAAGGUGUCAUCAGAAAUGCUCUUGCUUGCUUUGAUGAAGAACCAAUAGGCACCAUUCAGGUGGAUUAUCCAAAACUGCUCAGAUGA